AUGAACAAGAUGCUGGUUCCUGUUUUCACGGCCCUGCUGUACUUCGCAACGGCGGGCGCCCUCCUGUGCCACGUGUGUGUCAGACAGCAGCCGAACAAGACGUGUCUUGCAGGGAAAAGCAUGUGCAAGGCGGCUCCGGGGGAAUCCUGCUACCUCCAGACACUCCUCCUCGGGAACUUCCCCCUCUAUGCACAGCAGGGCUGCUUCAGAGAUUGCCAGGACCAAGUCGGAGGCACAUUCGUCCAUCACGACUUCCGCUGCUGCACCGAAGACUUCUGCAAUGCCUAG